AGCCUUCGGCUGUGCCGCGUUGGGUAACGCGCUUCGCGAGAUCGGGGCUUAGGUAAAGUUAAUUCUCAGCAGGGUUGAACACGCGAACCCGCACCUCCGCGAUGUCCGACUUUCUUCAUACAUCACCAUGGAACAUGGAGACGCACAAAAUAGCCCAGGUCCAUCCUUGGACGGCGAGAGACCUUCUAAAAAGCAACGCGUAUCAAUGCACCCACCUCGGGAGGUAGGCUUAAUGCGCAGUGUUCCUAGAGACAGAUUAUCAAGCUUUGUUGGUAGCGCCAGUGGCAUCUACUUCAUUCGUUCCGUCUACGGCGCAAUUCGUGGCACUCAUCCUUCAGCAUCGACACGAAUAUUAGAGACACCCGAAAGCGAUCACGUCCCAGGCGAAGAUGACCAUCUCCCUUCAUCAACCCCAAACGCCCUCGGUCGAAUCUGGAGGGAUGAAGAGACUAUAUCGAGGCCUCUGUCUAGUGUCACGUUUCAAGAGCUUGUCGAAUGGAGCGGAAGCUACUUCGCCAAUUGGCAUCCAAUCUACCCUUACCUACAUGCUCCAAGCGUACUUGAGUACCUCGAAACAGUCCCCCAAUUGAACGAGCAAGCCGAGGAAGGCACCUCUAACUCUCGAAUGACUAUCUUGCGAUCCAUCAUGUCUAUAUCACUCGCAGACCGUCGGCAAUCGCAAGCGCUUGAUGCGGCACAAUAUCCCGCUGAGCUUGUCUUCCAGUCUUACGAUGAUGCGGUAGACUGUCUACAACAUGCUUUAACACGCGCCACUACCCUGCUGUCUUUGCAGGCGGCGAUCAGCGUUCAACUCUUCCUGGUGUCCAUGCUUCGUCUCAACGCUGCCAGUCGUCUUGGUGGCGUGGUGAUUCGAAUGGCCCUCCAGCUUGGUCUCCAUCGAUGUUCAGCUCGAUUUCCAUCUUUCUCGUUGGGCGAGAAGGAGCACCGCCAACGCAUCUUCUGGUCUCUCUACGAAAUCGAUCGCUUCGUUUGUCAGUCCAUGGGUCUGCCGCUGAGCCUUCAUGACGAUGACGUUGAUGUUUGCUACCCGACUGCUGAGCGCCAUCCUGGCAUUCAGCAUCCCGUGGACGAAAGACUACGAUUGAUCAGUCUUGUCGCGCGACAGUACACCAUACGUGGCCAGAUCAUAGAGCUGCGGAACAAAUCGCUUCAUUAUGUCGAAAAGGACCCUGACAAGGCGACCGCUAUAACAGCCAGACUUGCUCAGUGGUGGAAUGAUGUGGAAGACUUCCACGAUACGGACGACGAUCAGAGUGCCUCGGCUUAUCAUCGUACAAUUCUGACAGUACUGAGGCAUGAGUCCAUCAUCUCUCUCCACCGUCCAACGCUCGCCGCGUCUCGCCAUGGUCACGCAUACGAUGCAGCUUUGCAGCAAUGUAUAGGUUCAGCAAGAGCCAUCAUUACGACUUUGCACAGGGCAAUCCGGCCAGGUAACGGAAGCGAUGCAGGAACAGAUACUCUGGCCCUUCUCUGGCCCUCUUGCACCUGGGCUAUCUGGAUUAGUACUUUCAUCUUAUUCCAUGCCGCCAGCAGUCAUCAUAUAUCUGACGGCAUUGUAUCACGGUAAUUAGAGUGGACAAAGAUUCUGUGCACGCAAUUGACAGUCAUUGCAGGCUCGCCGACAAAGCCUUGGACGUUCUACACCACCUGUCUCGACGAGGCAGCAUAUGGCCAGAAGCUAGUGC